UUCAUCAAAACAAAUGUUGUACAGAGGCAUAGCCUCGACUAGAAACUUGUUUCUAACUCUAAUCAACAGAGUCUCAACUCUCCACCAGCUCAACCAAACACAUGCCCAAAUCAUUCUCAACGGUCUCCAUAACGACCUCGUAACUGUCACCAAACUCACCCACAAGCUCUCACACCUCAAAGCCGUAGACCAAGCCUCUCUGCUCUUCUCUACUAUCCCCAAUCCUGAUCUUUUCCUCUACAAUGUCCUUAUCAGAGCCUUUUCUCUCAAUAACUCACCUUCUUCAGCUGUUUCUCUCUACACCCAUCUUCGGAAAAGUACUCCCCUUGAGCCUGAUAAUUUCACCUAUGCCUUUGUUAUAUCCGGUGCGUCUUCGCUUGGGCUGGGGUUAUUGUUGCAUGCGCAUUCCAUUGUUGCUGGUUUUGGCUCAGAUUUGUUCGUGGGAUCUGCUAUCGUUGCCUGUUAUUUCAAGUUUUUGCGGGUCGCGGCUGCAAGGAAGGUGUUUGAUGGAAUGCUGGAGAGGGAUACGGUGUUAUGGAAUACGAUGGUAUCUGGGUUGGUGAAGAAUUGUUGUUUUGAUGAGGCGAUUCUAAUUUUCGGGGAUAUGGUUAAAGGGGGAAUUGGGUUUGAUUCCACCACUGUGGCUGCUGUUCUUCCUGGGGUGGCAGAGCUGCAGGACUUGGCAUUGGGGAUGGGGAUUCAGUGUUUGGCGAUGAAAGUUGGGUUUCAUUCACAUGCUUAUGUUAUUACGGGAUUGGCUUGUUUGUAUUCAAAGUGUGGAGAGAUUGAGACAGCAAGGUUGUUGUUUGGACAGAUUGGGCAGCCCGAUUUGGUUUCUUAUAAUGCAAUGAUAUCUGGGUACACUUGCAAUAAUGAGACUGAGUCUUCAGUUACGCUUUUUAAAGAAUUGCUUGUUUCUGGGGAAAAAGUCAAUUCAAGCUCAAUUGUAGGGUUGAUUCCUGUGUUUUUUCCAUUUGGUUAUCUGCAUCUUACUCGCUGCAUUCAUGGUUUCUGUACAAAAUCUGGUGUGGUUUCUAAUUCUUCAGUUUCAACUGCAUUAACUACAGUUUAUAGUAGAUUGAAUGAGAUUGAAUCUGCAAGGCUGCUUUUUGAUGAAUCUUCAGAGAAGAGUUUGGCAUCUUGGAAUGCUAUGAUCUCAGGUUAUGCCCAGAAUGGGUUAACAGAGAAGGCAAUAUCACUUUUCCAGGAAAUGCAGAAGUGUGAAGUCCGUCCAAAUCCCGUCACUGUUACAAGUAUUCUUUCAGCUUGUGCUCAACUUGGUGCUCUAAGUCUAGGAAAAUGGGUCCAUGAUUUAAUAAACAGAGAGAGUUUUGAGUCCAAUAUAUUUGUCUCAACGGCUCUAAUUGACAUGUAUGCAAAAUGUGGGAGCAUUACUGAGGCUCAAAGAUUAUUCAGCACGAUGCCAGAAAAAAAUGCAGUUACUUGGAAUGCAAUGAUUUCUGGCUAUGGCCUCCAUGGAUAUGGCCAUGAAGCGCUAAACCUUUUUAAUGAGAUGUUGCAUUCUAGGGUUUCCCCAACUGGGGUUACAUUCCUUUCUGUCUUAUAUGCUUGCAGUCAUGCUGGUUUAGUUAGAGAAGGAGAUGAGAUUUUCCGUUCUAUGGUUCAUGAUCAUGGCUUUGAGCCCUUACCAGAGCAUUAUGCUUGCAUGGUUGACCUCCUUGGCCGAGCUGGAAAUUUGGACAAGGCCUUGGAUUUUAUAAGGAAAAUGCCGGUUGAGCCGGGUCCUCCAGUGUGGGGUGCGUUACUUGGUGCUUGUAUGAUCCACAAGGAUGCAAACUUAGCUCGUCUGGCUUCUGAUAAGCUGUUUGAAUUGGACCCUCAAAAUGUGGGGUACUAUGUUUUACUUUCUAACAUAUACUCGGCUGGCCAAAAUUAUCCUGAGGCUGCUUCUGUACGAGGAGUAGUUAAGAGGAGGAAGCUUGCAAAAACUCCUGGUUGCACUCUAAUUGAGGUUGCUAACACCCUACAUAUCUUUACAUCUGGUGAUCAGUCCCACCCUCAAGCAACAGCAAUCUAUGCAAUGCUGGAGAAUUUAACAGGAAAGAUGAGGGAGGCUGGAUUUCAGACAGAGACUGGCACAGCUUUGCAUGAUGUGGAAGAGGAAGAGAAAGAAUUAAUGGUAAAGGUUCAUAGUGAGAAGUUGGCAAUUGCUUUUGGGCUCAUUACUUCUGAGCCUGGAACUGAAAUCAGAAUCAUCAAGAAUCUACGGGUUUGUUUAGACUGUCACAAUGCAACCAAAUUCAUUUCCAAAAUCACAGAGAGAGUGAUUGUUGUUAGGGAUGCUAAUAGAUUCCAUCAUUUCAAAGAUGGUAUUUGUUCUUGUGGAGACUACUGGUGAACAAAAUUGUACGAUACUACAAUUAAGGCAUGCAGAGUGGAUAUGCUGGCACUGAUUAGUUUCAUAAUGCUUAUAUGGCAAUACAAGAGAAUACAUACUCCCGAUAUGCAUGAUCUUCUGCGCGCUCAAUGCUGACCAGUACCAUCUUUGAAAUUGUUGCAAGCAAGUGGAUGGGACAAAGUACUACUGUUUCCAUGCCCUGACAUGGCCUGCCAUGAUAACAACAAUUAAGUUAUAUUUUUUUUUUCCUUAUAAAACUAAUAAAAAUUGAGAAUCUUUGUUUUAUACCAUAACUGAAACUUACCUCCCCAAUUCCCUCCAGAAAAUUGUUUUCAGCAUCACGUUCUUUACCUUAUCCUCAAACCUGCUGGCCAUUUCAUUCAAUCUCCAGCUGUUUUGGAAUCUUGAGAUUAUGAUCAUCCAGGUUUCUUACUGUCACACACUCUGUUUUUCAGUUUUGUAUAGAUAAUUGAGGAGUGGAUGUAUUUUAGCAGGAUGGCUGCUACCAUACAAAGAUUUUUGCUGUUCUGCUUCUGAACAUGUUUUAAUGUUUCUGGGUAUAUAUGGAAUUUACUUGUUACUAAUUUAUGUCUUAUAUGGAGAUGAUUUUGUUCUAGGGGCACAAUGACCCACUCUAUUCUUACUCUUCUUCCUAUUUCUUAUCUGUCUGCAUGGAUCUUCUUUCCAUUUUCCACUUUUUAUUUAUUUUUUAUUGUUAUUACUACUAUUGUUAUCAUUAUUUUGUGACCCUAAAUCACAGAUCCAGUGAGUUUCAAAUGAGCACUAAUAUUAUAUCCAGCUUGUGCAAAAAUAUAUAACUUAAGUUUUGUUUUUUGAUAGGAAUUUAUGUUGUGUUGGCUCUGUGUAUAUACAAAAACGUGAUGACAAGUAGUAUUUUUCUAUGCUUUUUUUAAUCGAAUUUCACAGACUUAUUCUAUUAAUAUCCAUAUAGGCCAGAUUAAAUGCUUCUAAAUGUUAUACUAUUUUGCAAAUUUCAAUCUUCUCCCUUUGAUGGAACCAACAACAAUGUUUACAUCCCGUUCUCCUCUUCUUUCUUGAACCCCAUGAUGCAAUCAUGGAGCUACAUGGUUUUACCAUGCUUUUUCUUUUUCUUAAGUAUACGACAGGAUAGUAGCUUUCUUUUUUCUUAAGCUUUGAAGAGAUGUUGUUAAUUAUUGAGUGCUAUUGCAGAGAGUGAUUCUGAAUUUAGACUGUCCUACUGAUAAUUCAGAAGCCUUGAGAGACAGCUGAGGAUGAAGAAGGUGGAAUGCAUUGUCCUUGGCAAAGCAAGUUCAUGAUGUAGAAAACCUCUAAUUUGAACCUUUACUGAAUUCGAUGUGGUAGUCCUAGAUAAAUCCCAGAAAGGAAUUCAACCCCAACUCUGCUCUAUAUUGUUGGUUCAUAUACCAUACUUGUAACAAACAAGAUUUACAUGUAUAUCUGGAGCUGCACCAAACAAAGAAGUGGAAGCGAUGCUUCAGCAAUUGAUUCCACAUUGCUUAACAUCAGGUCCCUUGGUCUUUAAUAUGAAUGGGUCAAUUCGGACCCAAAGCAAGGAGAAGAUAGAAGCCAGAAGCACAGACCAUAUGACAACAAUGGUAGGUGUCCGGUUCUGCCGCCCCAUGAGACCUUUGAGGAAUGGGUAGAGAUGAACAAUCACCCAGAAGGCAAAGAAGAGCUUCCCGAAUAGAGGUCCCCAUGAUUGGUACCCAUUGUUUAUGGCAUCAGAGAUCCCAGCCACUACUCCAACAAGGUUGAUGAUUAAGAGAGUGGUUGGAGGGAUAAGGAGGGUGGUCCAUUUGAAGGUAUACAGCUCCCCGAACUCCUCAUCAUCGACUGCCUUUGAUGUGACUGUGAAGUUGGUAUCUAUUCCAGCCAAAACCUUCAGAAGACCCUGCACCACUGCAAAGAGAUGAGCUGACACACCACCAAUGACCCAGAACUGCUCAUUUCUCCACCAUUCCUCAAUGCUCACUCCACUCCACCUCAGUUCCAGAAUGCCAGUUGCGAAGAUAGAGAUAAAGAGAGCAAUGAAGAAGAGACUUGCGAAAGUGCUUAUCUGUAUCAUCAAUGAAUCAAGACUUAGUUUGUACAGAAAAAGUGCUAGAAUCACUUGUAAAGCAUUUGAAGAACACAAAUGAAAAAGCUCCAUUUUGUUUUACAUAACCUUUCAAAGUGGAUUUAUUUCAAUCUGUGUGAGAUUGAAAAUAAGUCUAUUCCUGUCUAUUUAUAUAUGGUAAAAGUAAAUUAA